AUGAAUGGCAUUAAUAUGGAGGAGAUACCGUUUCAGAAAAUUAAAACCAGAAGAAAGAAGUGCCUCUGCUCGUCCGCCCCUCCAUUGGAUAGCAUCGUAUGCGAAGAUGAAUUUGAUUGCAAAGAACUGGAAUCCCUCUUUCAAAAUUACAACCUCAAGCUGGAGCAAACUUCUACAUUGAAGGCACUUGCCCUUCUGAUCGUCAUGACAGCGACUUUGACGCUCGUAGAACUAAUGUCGGGUUCUAGUUUGACAAUCUCCAAGGGCUCUCACCCAGUACACUGUAUUAUAUUUGUUUCUCUUUUCAUAGUCACCAAUGUCAAGUACCUACAGGUCACUCAGCUGCAGCAAAUAGUUAAACUUACCUUACUCUUCAGUUUUACUUUCUCUUUCCUCUGUUGUCCUUUCUCUCUGGGAACCUAUGGCUUCGAAUCUCCUGCUUCUUCGGAGAACGGAAUGUGGCAACUAAUGCUUUUGACAUUUGUGUCCUAUGCCCUUCUUCCAGUAAGGACCCUCAUGGCGAUAGCUUUUGGUCUUACGGUCUCCAUUUCACACAUUAUUGUUACAGCCUCGUCUGUCAACCCAAAAAGACAGAAGCUAUGGAAAACGAUUGUAGCAAAUGGCAUUCUUUUUGUCAGUGUGAAUUUAUCUGGGGUCUUCGUGAGAAUAUUGUCAGAAAGAGCACAAAGAAAGGCUUUCCUUCAGGCCAGAAAUUGCAUAGAGGACAGGCUCAAACUGGAAGAUGAAAAUGAAAAACAGGAACGUCUUCUCAUGAGCCUUUUGCCUAGAAAUGUUGCAAUGGAGAUGAAAGAAGAUUUUUUAAAACCACCUGAAAGAAUUUUUCACAAGAUAUAUAUACAGAGACAUGACAACGUGAGCAUUUUAUUUGCAGAUAUUGUUGGAUUUACAAGUUUGGCAUCUCAGUGUACUGCACAGGAACUCGUUAAGCUCUUAAAUGAACUCUUUGGCAAGUUUGACGAAUUGGCAACAGAAAAUCAUUGCCGGAGAAUAAAAAUUCUGGGAGAUUGUUAUUAUUGUGUAUCAGGGUUAACCCAGCCUAAAACAGAUCAUGCUCAUUGCUGUGUUGAGAUGGGUCUGGACAUGAUUGACACAAUUACGUCAGUUGCAGAAGCUACUGAAGUUGAUCUUAAUAUGAGAGUUGGACUCCAUACUGGGCGUGUACUGUGUGGAGUUUUGGGGCUCCGGAAAUGGCAAUAUGAUGUCUGGUCUAAUGAUGUCACAUUGGCUAAUGUAAUGGAAGCUGGAGGGCUGCCUGGAAAAGUUCACAUAACAAAGACCACUCUAGAGUGCCUAAAUGGGGAUUAUGAAGUUGAACCAGGUUAUGGCCAUGAAAGAAACAGUUUCUUAAAAAAACACAAAGUUGAAACAUUUUUUAUUGUGCCAUCCCAUCGGAAAAAGGUUUUUCCAGGGCUGAUAUUGUCUGAUAUAAAGCCUGCAAAAAGGAUGAAAUUCAAAACUGUUUGUUACCUACUAGUUCAACUCAUGCACUGUCGAAAAAUGUUUAAAGCUGAGAUCCCUUUUUCAAACGUAAUGACCUGUGAGGAUGAUGACAAGAGGAGAGCUUUAAGAACAGCCUCUGAAAAACUCAGGAACCGUUCUUCCUUUUCUACAAAUGUAAUUCACAAUACCCCAGGAACCCGUGUAAAUCGCUAUAUUAGUCGUUUAAUUGAAGCUCGCCAGACUGACUCGGAGAUGUCGGACUUGAAUUUUCUAAGUUUAAAAUAUAGACAAAUUGAACGUGAACAAAAAUAUCAUCAACUCCACGAUGAAUAUUUCACCAGUGCAGUUGUCCUUUGCUUAAUUCUAGCUGCCUUAUUUGGACUUGUUUACCUUCUAAUAAUUCCACAAAGCACUAUAGUUCUUGUUCUCCUGGUGUUUUCCAUAUGCUUCCUAGUGGCUUGUAUAGUGUAUCUACAUGUCACGCGAGUGCAGUGCUUCCCAGGAUGCCUAACAUUGCAGAUUCGAACCAUUCUUUGUAUUUCUAUCGUCAUCUUGGUUUACUCUGUGGCACAAGUAUGUGUGGCUGGCUGCAUCCCGUUGCUCUGGAAUACAAAUAAGAACAGCUCCAUUGUGAUUAUUUCCUCAAAUGGAGACAAUAAAACAAUGGAUGAACGUCCAUGCAAUUCAGCUCAAUAUGCUUUUCUAUCCUGUUUGGUCAACACCUUAACUUUGGCAAUUUUUUUACGCAUUUCUUCAUUGCCAAAAAUAAUUGUACUUCUUUUUGUUACAACAUUGUACUUAAUAGUUUUGGAACUCAGUGGAUAUAGGAGAACAAAAUGGGGGAGCUCCUUUUAUAUGCAAGGUUAUGAACCUAUCAUGGCCGUUAUAUUGUUUUCCUGUGCUAUUGCACUUCAUUCCAGACAGAUGGAUAUGAAGUUACGGCUUGACUACCUCUGGGCUGUUCAGGCAGAAGAAGAGAGGGACGACAUGGAAAGAGUAAAACUUGACAAUAGGAGAAUUCUAUUUAACCUUCUACCAGCACAUGUUGCACAACAUUUUCUUAUGUCUAAUCCAAGAAAUAUGGAUCUAUAUUACCAAUCAUAUUCUCAAGUUGGUGUGAUGUUUGCCUCCAUUCCAAACUUUAAUGAUUUUUACAUUGAACUUGAUGGCAAUAACAUGGGAGUGGAAUGUUUACGACUUUUAAAUGAAAUAAUUGCUGAUUUUGAUGAGCUCAUGGAGAAAGAGUAUUACAGAGAUAUUGAAAAAAUAAAGACCAUUGGAAGUACUUACAUGGGAGCUGUGGGACUUGUGCCAACAACAGGAACGAAGGCAAAAAAAUCUAUUUAUUGUCAUUUGAGUACACUUGCAGAUUUUUCAUUAGAGAUGUUCGAUGUUCUUGAUGAAAUCAACUAUCAGUCUUACAAUGACUUUGUUCUCAGAGUGGGUAUAAAUGUUGGCCCUGUGGUGGCAGGAGUCAUUGGUGCCCGGCGUCCCCAAUAUGAUAUCUGGGGGAAUACAGUAAAUGUUGCAAGCAGGAUGGACAGCACAGGAUUACAGGGUAAAAUUCAGGUAACUGAAGAUGUCCAACGAAUACUAAAGAAGUGCAAUUAUGAAUUUGUUUGCCGUGGCACCGUCAGUGUUAAAGGAAAAGGAGAAAUGUUAACCUAUUUUCUUGAAGGAAAGGUUAAUGGAAUGAAUUUGCAAACCAGAUCGUUAAAUUUAGAACGCAAAAUGUACCCAUAUGGAAAAGCAAAUAUUCAAGCACAGUUAGGUAUUAGUUGUCCAUCAGUAGCCAAUUUUACAGCAAAUGCUGUAGAUCCAAUGCCAGAUGCAACAUCCCAUGCAAACCAGGGUUUGAAAUAUCUUCCUUCUAUAUCUCCAGUUGUAGAGAUCUAAAACAAAGAAUAACAGUCCUGUUUCUAAUUGUUUUGAUUGCGUAAAAGGAUUUAGGAUAUUAAGAGAUGCGGUAUAAUAGAUAUAUAAUUCUCCAACCAAAGAAAAAAAUAACAUGAAACCAAGGGCUAACAAUUAUAAGUAAUUCACAUAGCAUUAAAAGUGACUGAUAAAUUAACAUCUUUGUUUAAGCAAAGUUGAACA